GCCAACUUCAUCGAAACAAGUCCUGAAGGCAUCAACAAUCAAUUCUCCUCAAUCUUGCCGUUUUUGCUUCCAUCAGCGCCGUGUCGUGGAAAUUUUGCGAUUUCGAUAUUUACGUUUGUUGCUGUCUUCUUCUUGUGUUGAUGGAGGGCUGCCCUUUCUUCUUGUCCCUUAUCCUUAUCACAAUGUCCAUCGUAGCAGCGUAAAAUAGAUCUGGGGUUACCCACAUUUUAGAUCAGACUGGAGCCAAUUCGCCCAGUCAACGGAGCGCCCCUCUCGUUUUCCAUCUGUCCUCUCCUAUUAUUACCGUUCAUAUAUUUUCAUUUUAUCUUUCGGUUUUUCAACAAUAAACGCCUUCAAAACGCACCCUAUUUAUAUUAAUUGACUAUAUAAAUAGCGGGGUGAAGAUGCUCGGAAGCUUGUGCUGCUGCUUUCCCAGCCCCAGACGACUUCCAUCCGCACCUGUUCUCCAUCAGCAGCCUCAUGACCCUCAAGCAGGCUUCAGACGAUGUGGUGGGGUCAGUGGGGAUACCGAUGCACCGGGUAUAGAUGAACCAUAUCUCUCCACGGCUCCUCUACCAAGAUAUACACCACGCCCAGUCAGCAUUCAUGAAAAGACAAUUGCCUUUGAGCGUCGCCAGUCGAAUUUAAACGAACAGUCUGAUUUCCCAUGCGAGCAGAAGAAUAGAUAUGAGUUUGAACGGGACCUUGCUUCACCUCAGCUAGAUGAUCGCUCCUCUGAUGCUUCAUCCGAGGUAUCCGUACCGAGUAGCUUUGGCAACACAUCCACUGCGACGACAGAAACUCCUCCGCCUCCAUAUUCAUCCAACUCGUCAAUAGCACCGUCACGUCGUUCGAUGUCGAUAUCUAUAUCAACUCAUAGGACGGGCUUCACCUACGCAAGUCUCGAAAGCAUCGAGCGUGAAUCACCCGUUGCUCAACUUCCUCUAGUACCUCCUGCUGCGGUGUACAGAUCGCAUCCUGGUCAUGAACCACCAGAAACCAAUGGCGGGGCAAAUAGACGCUCUUUGGAGGGAUCCCAAGGAAACGGUCGAUUACCCCCCCUAGCUCCUACUCACCCGAGGGAAUAAAUUCCAAGCGUAUGCCCAUAUCAAUCAGAUAUGUUAAUACUCUGGAAGGAACAUCACAGUAAUUUUCCGUCUUGACUUUAGACCAUGUAUAUUCGAACCAGGAAUCCACUACCUCCGGUCAUGACUACAACCUGAAAUGGUACACUCAUUUUACACGGUGCCAAUAUAGAGAACGACACGCAUACAAAACACAACAUACAUCCGGGCAUACUACCCAGUUCCAAGCUUGGUAGAUUACCGAGCGUAUAUAAGCGUGACCAAAGGCCCUGAUGUGCACAGGUGCCACGAAGCCGCAACCCAUCAACCUCUGCCCGAGACUCUACGAUAUACAUCGCGCUCCUCCACAUCAACUCUACAAUUCAGCUGAAUAGAAUGUCGAUCAAUACUAGAAACUUCACACGCGCACAAAGCACGCUCUGUUUCCAUUUUGCAUAUAUAUAAUAAGACUAUAUUAUCACGCCGAAAACGAAUGCGAAUACAUAUUCAUUCACAACAAUAUUUUCAUUAAACGCAUAUUUCCACACAUCACAACAAUCCUUACACCCCCCGUGACCGUCGAACUAUUUUUUGUCCCAUUGGUUUUUAUUCCCCCGGCAGUAGUAUUUUACUAAAGUCGUUUAGAUUUCUAUUGGCGUUUUCUGGUUUGACGAAAAUGUCAUUUUUGGUUUUGUUUUGUAUAAAUCUAUUUCCAUAUUGCCAGCAAGACUUUGUGGGCAGCGGCCGCGUCCAGGGCCGGAUAGCGGUAGGGAUCAAAGGGCCAGUGAUGGUCCUAAUACGUGAUUGGACAUCUUAAUAGCGAAUGUGACUGACGUUCAUGUAGUAAUUAUGUAUUUAAUUGCCAAAUAAUUACAUUGAAUAAGGAAUAUAACUAUUGGAAAGACAAACUGGACUCUCAACAAGUUACUUUUUAAAAGCCAAAGAAGCGAAGAAAAGAGAAGAAAGAUAUCUAGUAACGCCUUUCCUUCUCAUUUUGCUUGCAGCAGCUUUUCUUCCAACCACAUCUAUAGUCAGGCAUAUAGGAGAGAGAGCCACCGACCACGUGUUAAGGAUUCCGGGGAUAUGAUUUGAAAAUAAAACAUUAAAACAUGUAAGAUUCAUUAAGGGAAAAAGAAAAAAAAAAAACCCAAAUUUCACGGUGACAAUGCACAUGCAUCUUCUUCAUUUUUGCUCUUCAUGUCUUAAAAACUCAAAGAUGAAUACAUUUGCGUUUGUUAUUGUUUUUCGUCUUGUUCGUCAUCAUCAGGUAUACUGGGUACUGGAAGGGAGAAGAGAGAUAAGAUUGGAAAAGGCAAGUUUACACGCUGGGCAGAGAAAGAGAGGGCGAAGGGGAAGAGGAAAUGAAAAGGGUUGAGGGUGAAAGAAAAAAAGAGGAAGGGGCGGGGGGCUCUUACGCCAGACAAGUAAGUAUAUUAUGAAAGCAAAACCUGAGCCAGACAAAAUAACAAAGGGAAAUUGAAUCAGAUGGAAUGUCAGCCGCCACUUAUAUCAACGUGUAAAAGAUAACCAUUUCGUCCAUCACGCAACUGACGUUAGAGAGAAAAUAUUAGAAAGAAUAAGAAGAAAUAUAAUGUGGCCUAGAUCAAGGCGGCUUCAUCGUGAAGAAAAGACAGGGAAG